AUGCUUUUCUCUUUGCCCCCAGUUUUCCCCAUUGACGUACUGAAUAAUGUGGCCUCUAAGGCUGUCUUGGUGUCCCGCGAGAACAUUUCAAAUGAAGAACAAGUCUCCCAACUUCUUUUUUCAUUCAACCUAAGCCUUCUCUCUAACCUAAACUUCUCUGCGAUUUACCGUGCCGAGUUAGUCACCCUGGUUAUCGUACCCAAGGCGAUGGAGGCGAAGGCAAUCGAUGAUGGCCAGAUUCACCCUCACGCCUACACGGAGAAAGCGGUUUUCAACUACCCAUCCGAGCUAGAACCUGUCUCUCAGGUUAAUGACAUACUUAACAAUUUUAGUAACCCAACUCUCGACUGCAACAUCUAUUAA